UAUAACCUAAAAUAUAAUUUAAAAAUAUGUCUGUGAUAUCGGGCAAUUUAACAAUGUCGUCGAUUUUGAAAUCGAAUAAAACGACCAUUAACGAAAGAAUGACAAAAACUCCAUCGAAAGUGCGUUUUCAAUUACCACAUACACAAAAUAUAUUUUCAAUUUUGGAAAAUUAUAGUAAUCGUUCGAAUGUGAAAGCUUAUUUUGAUUUAGUGAAUGUUAUUAAUGAUUCUGAUUUAUCUGAUGAAGAAUUGCGAUCAUUACUGUCAGAAACAUCACAUUGUAUAUUAUUAUUAACAGAAGACUUAAAACAUUUCGUUGAAGCUAUUUUAAAAAUAAAAUGGGCUCAUAGAAGUAAAAUGACAGUACGAGCUUAUCAAACAUUUUUGUUUGAAUUAUUAUCCGCCCAUAAUUAUUAUGUUAAUGUAGCAAUUCGAAAUCUUGUAGGAAAUUUUUUACCAGAUCCCAGUCAAGAAGUAUGGGAAAAUGGUAUUCCCUCCGAUGAAGAGUAUAAGAAAUAUGUUAAUGUUCAUUAUGUUAUUAAUAUUUUGUUGAAAAUUAUUCCAAUGAGCGCAGAAUUUGUCGUAAAAUCAUUGAUUAUAAAUUAUCCUUAUUAUAAAAAACCUGCUCAUCAACAUGAAGUCUAUUUACAUAAUUUAUUAUGGGUUUUGGAUUAUCGACCAGAAUUUAAAAUGGAAAUUUUGUCAUUAAUAAUUAAAAAGUUAAUAUUAUUAGACACAAAUGCACCACGUGACACAAUUGAAAACGAUGAAGACGAAGAAAUGGAUGACGAUAAUGGUGGUGUAUUUUCAAUGGACACGGAUACGAUUAAUCAAAAAACAAUGCAAAAUCCAAUUGCAAAUACACUAGAUAUAUGCUUAGAUCGGAUGUUCAUAUAUUUAACUACAGAAUGUCACGAUCCCGAUACAGGACAAAUAAAUUGGGAGAAAACAAGAACCAUGUACAAUGAUAUAUCAAGCUUAUUUGAGGGUAUUAUUAUGGCUACAUAUGAUUCACAUCAUGUACAAUUUAUUAUGUUCUAUUUAUGUAGUUUUAAAGUUCAGUUGGCUGAAGGAUUUAUCAGUUUAUUAUGGAAAAAAAUUUCUAAUUUAUCAUUGGCUGUGGUACAUAGACAAUCCGCUGUAGCAUAUUUAGCAAGUUUUCUAGCGCGUGCAGCGUAUAUUUCUUUAGGAACUUUGCAAACUUCAAUUAAAUUAAUUUCGGAUUGGUUGCAUUCGUAUAUUGGCAAUCAAGACGGCUUAGAAAGUAUGCAUGCUGAUGCUCGAGUCCAUACAGUAUUUUAUAGUGUUUGCCAAGCGUUAUUCUAUGUAGUAGCUUUUCGUCAUAAGGAUCUUAUUCAAUCUAGAAAAAGUUUAACAUUUUUACAAAGUUUAAAUUUAUCAAAAAUAGUAACAUGCCGACUGAAUCCAUUACGUUUUUGUGUACAACCAGUUGUCCAGAAUUUUGCAGCUAUUACAAGAACAUACCAAUUAGUUUAUUGUUAUGCAAUAAUUGAACAUAAUGCUAGAAAUUCACAAAAAAUUAUGUACAGAGAUCGAAAUGGUCAAUUGACGAAGAUGAAUGUUUGUUUACAAUCAUUUUUCCCGUUCGAUCCAUAUUUAUUAGUUAGGUCGAAACAGAAAAUAGAGCCACUUUAUGUUGAAUAUCAAGAAUUACCAGAUGGCCAAUUAAAUGUUACUAAUGCAGAAAAUCAUACAAGUUCGAAGGUAAUCGAUGAAGAUGAUGAUUUCUUAGUAGAAGGAAAAAACGCCAAAACUAAUGUUAAGUCUACGAAUAUUUAUGACUUUUCAUACAGCACUUCGCCGGGUUUCAAAUCACCCAUGAUGCUAUAAUAAGUUAAUUUUUAAUGUUAUUGAAUGUUACAAAGAUAUUAUUACCUACCUAUUUAUAUUUAAUUUUAA